GUCGACUAAGAUGACGUGCCCCCGCCACCGAGAUGGCUACCGCCGUUAGGCUUUCUCUCGCUCCAGUCGCCGCCAUCGCCCACCUCUCCUCCCACUCCGCUGGUAGGAUUAGGGCUUCCUCGGUGAUGGCAACCAUCACCUUGACGCCGGCGGUGAUCGUGGGUGGCGGGAGAGUCGGUCGGAUGCUGCAGUCACUGGGCGACGGCCGUGACGUCCUCGUCGGCAGGGGUCAGCCGGUGCCCGCCGAGUUCGAAGGCCCCAUCCUCGUCUGCACCCGCAACGACGACCUUGAGGCCGUCCUUGCCUCCACCCCUCCCUCGCGGUGGAACGAUCUGGUGUUCUUCCAGAAUGGGAUGCUCGAACCGUGGCUUGAGAGCAAAGGGUUGGGUGAUGCGGAUCAAGUCUUGGCUUAUUUUGCUGUGUCGAAACUGGGGGAGGAUCCGAUCGAUGGCAAGACCGACACGAAUCCUGAAGGACUGACAGCAGCGUAUGGGAAAUGGGCAUCAGCAGUAGCCGCACGCCUCCAUGGUGGAGGCCUUUCUUGCAAGGUCCUUGAAAAGGAAGCUUUUCAGAAGCAAAUGUUGGAGAAGCUCAUAUGGAUCUCAGCUUUCAUGCUGGUCGGAGCCCGCCAUCCGGGGGCUACCGUUGGUGUUGUGGAAAAGGAAUAUCGAUCUGAAGUAGCGAACCUCAUUGCAGAGUUAGCAUCUGCAGCUGCUACAGAGAAACAACUAAUGUUCGAAGAAGGCAUGGAGGAUAGGCUAUGUGCUUAUUCCAGGGCUGUUGCGCACUUCCCGACUGCUGUUAAGGAGUUCAAGUGGAGGAAUGGCUACUUUUACUCUCUCUCAGAAAAGGCACUCGCAGGAGGAAGGUCAGACCCAUGCCCUCUGCAUACAGCUUGGCUCAAGGAACUCAGGAUCAUUUGAGGUUCCAUAUAGUGGCUUUUCAUCUAUAUCUCUGUUGGCUUAUCUAAACAUGAAACCACAUUUGAUUCUAUUUUAUGAUCAUCAGAGAAGAAUUUUGUAUAUCAAAUAUACUAUGUCCCCAGCGGUUUUUGUUUCUAUUUUAUGUCCCAUUGUAUAUCACGACUGGUAUAUUUGAGACUAAUCUGGCAGGAGAUAUGAUGAAAAGGAAAAUUGUGAGAAUUAGUUAUCA